UCGUGCUGCACUCAUCCACGUAAAAACGUAUGCAUUUUUGUAGUGCGCGUUUGCAGAUAUCUACAGAAACAGGUUUAAGCUGAUAAUGCAAGAGAGAGUAUUUUAAGGACACCCUUAAUGCAGCUCAUCAAGGAGUCGGUUGAAACCAGAUGUCAUGCUUCCGAGUCUUUUGAAAGAGGCUAAGUCAAUCUUCUAAUCUUUGUUGGUCUUUGUUCUGCUUCUGGCAAGACGUAUUUGAACAUCCGUGCUGUUCAAUUAACACAGAAACAAAGCUUGUAUCGCGCAAGAUUAUCCUUGAAUUCCAUUCGAAGGCUAGCACCAUUGACGACAUAGCCCACAUUAGGAGCAGCAGAUACGGCUAGGCCGUGGAUUCGCUGACACAAUGGCUCUAGACAGAGAUAUUUUACCGCGAAAUCAAUCUUUAAGCAAUAACUCGAUAAAAAAUCCCAAACCGAACCGUGAUCUGAGAGUGGAAUAUUCAUCUGUGAAGCAGGAAGCUCGUAUCUCGGAUAAAACUGAUGCACAAGUGCGGUCGCAACCAAUAGGACUUAUUUAUUGUGCACCCAAAUUGAAACGCGUUUUAAAAGUCGUCUGGACGCUUAUUUUGCUUGCUUACGUUGUUGUUUUGCCGGUAUUAGUUAUGAUUUUAUUUCGAGACUAUUCAGAAAGCAUACAGCGGUUGGACAGUUUACAAGAACGAUGGAAGUUGCACAUUGACCAAGAGUCGACACAGGAAAAGAAUAGACCCAAGCGAAACGCAGCGAAAGCAAUGAGAGAAGCUUUUAAUGUCCAUAGAAACUGUUCUGCCACUAUCCAAGAAUUCAAAAGAAAAUUUCACUUUACAGAGCUUAAGUUGAAAGCUCAUCAAAAAAGAAUACAAAGACUAAUAAAAGCUGGAACAAAUAGUACAGUCUGUUUAUGCAAGCAACUAUUAGCAGCUCCUGUUUGCACGUGUGAAGCAGCUGUCGAGGAGGCCCAUGGCGAUUCAAAGAGGGGUCCACGUGGACCACCAGGUGAUCGAGGACCACAGGGAGACACUGGCACAAAAGGGCCUCGUGGACCAUCUGGAAAGCCAGGUGUAAAUGGAACAUGCAAAUUGAAAACACUGGAUGAAAUCAAAAUAUCAACAACCUAUUUCAGAUGGGGUCGAAAAGCGUGCCCAAAGAGUGCCGUCACAGUGUUUGGAGGUUAUAUGGCGUCUUCAAAAACCAGGCCUCGUCGCACUGGUGGUGGUACAAACUAUGUUUGUUUGCCAUCCACAAACAUAACGUACUCGAAUUUCAAUCUGGAUCCGCUUUCAAGCUUGGUGACGUCAUCUAUUGACGGUGUAAAGUAUGGCAAUAAGCAUCUCUUUAAAACAAAGUUAGUGCAUACCCUAGAUAGGCUUGCGCUGUGCUCAGUGUGUCAACGCUUUCGAAAGACAACCUCCUUAAUGAUCCCAGGCAACAGUACUUGUCCCAAAGACUGGACGUUCGAGUAUCGAGGCUUUUUAAUGGCAGAUUCUGAAAAGAGGACUGAUUUUAUCUGCGUAGAUGAAAGUGCGGAGGGUGGAGGCAGUAGUCUUUCUACAGAUCUGCAUAUUGGGACACUCGUGUACGUCAACGCCAAAUGGCCUAACUGCUUUGCUAAUAAAUGUGCUACGAACAGUGGCACAAAAACGUUGAGAUGUGUGGUUUGCUCCAUGUAAAAUUUAACAUUGAAUGUCAAAUGCAUCCAUGAAACGAUCAGGUCUUGAUGCAACGGGCUGAUUAUUACUGAAGUGGAUCUUACCCGCAUUGGCAUUGGGUCCAAUGUUCAUUAUUGCUACGUACGAAGACGCCCAGCACGCUAUCUUUCGUUUUCAUAGAGACAGCACCUUUAUGCAGAUACAAAAAGCGUUUUGGUUGAAGUUAACUGACGUUUUCUUUGGUGUGAAAUUCAGCGUAAUGGAAUAAUUUGUAAAGACAGAGAAACCACUGAAAAUGGCUCUCACUAAAAAUGCUUUUUCAGAUGUAAUGUCUACGGGAAAACUGUUCAGCUUUGCUGUAUUUCUAACUCAGGCCUUGUCCGAGUUUUGAAAAACAUUUUUCUUCGUUUAGGUCUCUUCUGAAAUAACAGACCUACGCAACAUUGAAAUUUCAGUAGUGUAUAUUAAUGAAUUAUUGUAAAGCAAGUUGCUAACUUGAAUCGUAUAGCGAGUGAGGAAAACAUCAAUGCAUAUGAUUCAAAAUUGAUUUUUAUUUAGUGUCAUGGACCCUUCUGAAGCAUUUGGAAACGUUUGCUUGUUUCGGAACUCAGAGAAUAUCUUUGCGCCCAUGUGCCAAAAGGUUGCUUAACCUG